AUGAAUUGGACUGAAGGGAAUCUCUCCCGCCAUUCUAGGGGCAGGCAACGCAAUGAAUUACUCACGCGACAAAAGCAACAUUUCGCCAAGGUUCGCAAUAAUCUACUAAAAAGCGACGUAAAACGGAGUCCCGUAUCCAUAUCCUUCCUCGGAACUCAAUACUCGCGAGACCUGAAGCGCCGCGAUGAUUCAAGUAGUGCAGCAUACAAGCUACCUUCAAGCCCCCUUUUAGCAGAGAAGCGCAAGCGGGCUCGUAGCUCCCUUGAUAAUCCAGAUCAUCAAACCUCCACGCGGGAGAAGAGAAAAAGGCUACUGGAAAGGGCAGACUGGGUCGGAUUAAACUUACAGCAACCUAUUGAUAUUACUUUCCCAGGGCAACUCCAGGCAUCCAUUGGUUCAAGAUGGAGCAAAGUAGAACGCUCUCGAGUUCGCAUGAUUCGGAAGCACCGUGAAGACUCACAUACAUCUCGACCGGGGGGCUCUCCUAAUUCACACGAUCCAUCCCUGAAGAUUCAAAUCGGGAGCCAGCAGAUCCUCUCAAACACCACUAUAUCACCGCAGUCAAAAAUAAAAAGAUACAGUCUUGUACCACAGCCCACAACCGGCUUACCACGGAGAAAAUCGAAUCUAACUUCAAGUCCGGAGCCUAGCCAAACCCGGCGCCCUUACGUAGUAUCCAGGAACAGCCAGCUCUCACAGGUGCCAAAGGAUGAACGUCAUGGGAUAGCAGGGGAGCAUCAGGGCGGUGCGUACCCUGAAGCGGUCAAGAAAUCCUUGUUUCCAGAGGAUCCAACUCAUGUUGUAUAUUCCUCUUCGAUAAUUCAUGAACCAACCCCUCUCCGAGCCAAUUGUUUUACAGUACUUCGAUGGACUCCCCCCGGUUCCGAUGAUCAGGGAAGCAUGCAGGUAGAGAUUGGCCGCCCCUUAAGACCGGUCACAUUAUCUCAAGGGAUAGACGAGGAGAUUUGGAAGAACUGGGUGUCUACUUCCUCGAUGAUCCAGCCAGUUAGUGCCUCGGCUAACUCCCCGAUUGCAAUAUCGUCUGUCAGUUCAAGAGCCGACGGCUUGCCCUCUCACCUACAGAAACGGCUACCAAGCUACGAGAUCUCAAGCGAGGCAGGAAUAAGCACAAAUUAUCCGUCUCACGAGCCCAGCAUAGAUGACCAAAAGCCUCAAGCUACAAUCCAUGGAAAUCACCAUCAAUCGCCUAAGAGGAAAUCAGGCCAUAGCAAAAUCAAAACGCAACUGCCAGACGAUAAUGCCGUUUGGAUGAAGUUUGCUUUAAGCGACAACAGCGAUGAGUUAGAAGCAAGAGUGUUUGCAGAGGCUGCAUAUCAAGCUGCAGCAGAAUUACGUCCUUCUGAUACGUCUACGAGCUUUAAUGAUAUAGCUGGAACAAUUGCGACUUAUGGAACUAAUCCGACUAGCAGUGGGAACCAAGAUGAGAGCAUUUCCUCUGGAUACUCGGAUGAAAGUCAUAUGGCAACAAAUGGCACCGUGGUCUCGGAAUCGGUACUCAGCAAUAUAGCUACAGUCGGCUCAACAAGUCAAGUGGAAUCAGAACCUCGAUUUCGCUUUGCGCAGCCGAGAACAUUCGUAGGGAAAUUCGCCAAUUCAAAUGCCACUACGACAGAAGGAUCAUAUGUUCUAUCUCAUAGUAAGAAACGGAGAGGUAGACCUAAGAAACGGGCCGCGGAUGGGAGGGCGAAUAUCCGACGACUUCCGGAUUUUGAUGGAGAUCCCAUAGAAGAAUUUGAAGAUGACUAA